CAUGCAUUACCUAUUAUUUUUGAUCCCAAUUGUCUUCUCAAGUAUCAGUCCAGCCGAUUACAUUUCGUAAUCCGACCGACCCAAAAUUGCUGCCCAUCGAGGACUUUGCUCCAUCUUCCCAGGUAUUACCAACCUCACAUUUUGAUAGAGAAUACGGCAUAAUCAUUUGAAGGUGCUAUGUUCCAAGGAACCGACUUCAUUGAAUUGGAUGUUGUACUCAAUAAGGAAUUGCAGUGUAUGCAUUAAGAAAUAUAUCCAUUUUAUAGUAAUAGUGGCACAUGAUACAUUUAUGACUGCUGUUUCCAAUAUUAAAACAUUCCCAGAAUUUUCAUCCAGACAAAGAAAAAGAACAAUAAAUGGAGUGGUUAGAGACGAUUGGUGGUUGAUUGAUUUCUCCCUCGCUGAACUCAAACGAGUAGGAAUCAAUUAAGUCAGGGGUUCCACAAGACCCAAGAUGUUUGAUGGUCUAUUCACAUAUCCAACCUUAUGGGAGGUCUUACAAUAGGUCAAAGAUUUCAACAUCCGCACUGCUAAUGAAAGAAACCCUAAUAAAAAGCCAGUGGGAAUACUCUUGGAAAUAAAAGAUUACGAAGUAUGAAUGUUGUAAUAUGACGUAGUAUCAUUUAGAAUAUGCAGGAGUAUCAAUUGUUUAAUAUGUAAUCAGUGAAUUAUCAAAAUUCGGCAUUGGGACCAUUAAAGAUUGCAAGAGUGUUGUUCCCAUUGUUAUCAUGAGUUUCGACAUGAAUGCUGUAAAGGAAACUAGAGAAUUGACAGAUCUUCCAAGAGUGUUUUUGAUGACUGGAUUACAGAAUCAGCCAUCGACAUUCUAUGCUGAAGCCACAAAGUAUGCCAACAUCAUUGGAGUUGAUUUAGCAUCAGUUUGGAAUCAAAAGACUUAAUAAAUUCAACCAGAAGUUCAACUCAUCAAAGACAAUUAAAUGAUGGUUUACGCUUGGACUUUCCAAGAUGAUGCCAGUGGAACUCAAAAGAUGUUCAAUGCAACCAUCGCCAAAGACAUUUACUAUCAAGCAGUCAAGAUGAAUAUCCACGGACUUAUCACAGAGUUUUCAGAUGUAGCAAUUUAGUAUGUCCAAUUAUAUUAAAAUUAAUGAACAAUUAUCAAGAUGAGGAAAGUGGGUUCAAGAUCCAAGAGAAAAUCUAUACUUGGGGUCGAUUCCUAUUAUUCUUCUUGACUGGCCUCAUUCUGCUGAUCGUUUCCUUUCCUUUUUCGGGCUUUUUGCUGGUCAACCCCUAUCCGUUUGUGCUAUUGUUCUCAUUGGGAUCAUUGCUCAUUCUAAUAGCCAUAAUCUAAGUUACUGAAUACAAGACCAUCUUUAGUCAAGCUGGAACUGUAAUAUACUUCAUUGCUUUACUAAGUGGCCUCUACACAGGAGUGUUUAAGAUUGGAUAUUUGACAACCCUAGGAAUUAUGAUUGUGUAGAUUUUGGCACUUCUAUAUUUAAUGGCUGCACUCUUACCCGGAGGAUAGGCAGGACUCAAAAAUUACAUACUCUCAAAAAUCAAAACAUGAAUAUACAUAAAUAUUG